UCCAUCACACUCUCAACUUCUCAAACUCACCAACAAUGAAGACGCUGGUCACUCUGAUGCUCGUCUACAUGCUUUUUUCAGAAGCUUUACAGCCUUCUGCAGCUCUGCAGUGUUAUGAGUGUGACAGGCCAACAUGUGAUCUUAAACCUGUGAAUUGUACUUCUUCUGAAGAUCGCUGUCACACAACCAAGGAAAGCGGUGGCCAGAAAACCAUUACGAAAGGGUGUACAACCCAGGCUAAGUGUGAAGAAAAUAAAAGUAUGAAGUGCUGUGCCACUGAUCUGUGUAACAGUGCUGAGGGGGUUAAACUGAGUCUCCUCAUCAUGCUGGUUCCUCUGAUCUCCACCCUCUUCAUCUGAACUCUCUGCUCAGCUGCACUCUGUAGUGAUGUGUGUGUGCUUUAUGAAAGUUACUGUAAGAGCAUUUUCUGUAACCG